CAAUCAGGAAGAACAAGGAGAACCUCCAGAGUAGCAGACAUUGUUCAAGGUUUUCCUACAAUGUCAUCCUCCAAUCAAUCUCUUCUCUUUUCAGUCACUCUCUUUGCUCUCAUCUCUUCCACCAUUUCCCGAUCAAUAAUCCAAAUGCCUAUUCCCAGCCAUCGAAAUAUCCACGCUGAUGAUGAAGAUCUCUUGUGCGACAGUUGGCGAUUAUCCGUCGAGACCAACAAUAUGGGAUCCUGGUCGACAGUCCCCCCUGAUUGCGUUACCAAUGUUAAAGACUACAUGACCGGUGAGCGCUACAACAUGGACACCUUGUGGGUCACAUGGAUCUCGUUGUCCUUUGCCGGUGAUUUAAAGCUCGCUGGCGACGGCAAGGACGCUUGGAUCUUGGGUGUUGAUGACGCUCUGCUCUCCAAUCUUCCUUACUACCAGGACCAUGGAUACGGAUCAGAAAGUUUCAAUGAAACUUCAUAUAAUGAAUGGGUGGAUUUGGCUAAUGCUCCUGCUGUACCUUCUAGUCCUUUUUUGUACUGGAUGCUCCAGAGGUAUGGGUUCACUAUAUUUUUACUGUCAGGGCGCGAUGAAUUUCAAAGGAAAGUUACCAUUGAAAACCUUUCUUCUCAAGGUUUUUCGGGCUGGGAAGAUCUUAUCUUGAGGCAGGAUUCAGACCAGGGCGUUCCGGCUGUUGUCUACAAGUCUCAGAAGAGAUUGGAGUUGGUUAAUAAAGGUUACAGGAUUCAUGGGGUGUCUGGAAGUCAAUGGAGUGAUUUGCUGGGCUCUGCAGUCGGAGAACGAUCCUUUAAAAUCCCAAAUCCAUUAUAUAACGUUUCUUAGCUUGAAGAUGAACGAUGAUCAUGUAUUCAUUGUAAGGACUAUGAUUGUGAUAUCGUUGUAUUAAGGGUUUAAAGCCACUAGGCGUAAUCAUAAUAACACCCUUUGGAAUAAUUGUAUUAUGAUGGGAAGUCAUUUCUCUAAUAAGAUAUGUUCUCUUCUCACUAUUA